AUGAAUGUUCCCGAAUUAAAAGUCAAACAAGACGUUAGUACUAGAUGGAAUUCUAGUGUGAUAAUGUUGGAAAGACUUAUUCAAAUUAAAGCACCGUUAUCUGCCGCGAUAACAUUUCUUCCUCAUGCUCCAAAUUUCUUAACCGCGUUAGAAUGGGAAUUAAUAUCUGACUGUCUUCCGUUAUUAAAACCCUUUGAAAUAAUGACAGUUGAGUUAUCUGGAGAACAUUAUCCAACACUAUCCAUAGUCAUUCCUUUGAUACCUGGACUUCAGUAUACAUUGAGAAACAAAACUACUACAACAGCAGCCGGUACUUUACUUAAAAAAACAGCAAUCGAUGUUUUAGCUAGGCGUUUAGGGAUAUUAGAAUCCAAUAAAAUAGUAGCAAAAGCUACAUUUUUAGAUCCAAGAUUUAAAAAGACAGGAUUUGGGUUAGUGGAUAAUGCAAAUAUUACGGAGAAAUGGAUAACAGAUGAAAUUAAUUCUAUAAUGAGAAAUACUCAAGAGAACGAAACAUCUAUUAUGCCUAUCAACAGAGAACCUAAUUUAUUAUGGGAACACUUUGAUAGUAAAGUUUCCCAAAUUAGAACAACCUCAUCAACGGGAAUCUCGGCUUCUCUCUUAAUACGGCAAUAUUUAGAAAUGCCCUAUUUAAAUCGAACAAAAAACCCUUUAGACUUUUGGAAACAACACAAAAAUACAUUUCCUGAACUUUAUUCGCUCCAAUUAAAAUAUUUAUGUGUUCCCGCGACUGCUGUUCCGUCAGAACGCGUGUUUUCAAAAACGGGACAAAUAACGAACGACCGUCGGAACAGACUUCACCCCAAAAAUUUGGAUUAUAUUGUAUUUUUAAAUAGUAAUAUAAAUUUAAAUUUAUAA